AUGUCUAACCCAAAGCAAGUUCGUGUGAUUCUCUGGACAACCCCGCGCUCACUCUCUACGGCAUUCUUAAAAAGUGUGUCUACAUUCCAAAACGCCGAGAUUUUCCAAGAGCCGUUCGUUUCUGCUGGUCUUUUUGGUCCUGAUAGGAACAAGCAAUCUACAACAGACGAGAUGAAUACGUUUCUAGAAAACGCUGAGGGAAUGGAGGAAUACACAUACGAUGGCGUUAAAGCGAUGCUGGAGAUGGAAUAUCAUGACAAACACCUUAUAUUUUCUAAGGAUGGUGGACAGUUUAUGCAUGGACAUUUUGACAAAAUUCCGCUUGGCUACAAACAUGUAUUUUUGACACGUAGGCCAAGUAAAGUACUAAUGUCUAUCGACCGAAUGUUAACAGCCUCAAAUACUUUGGCGAAGCAUGGGUCUUGUAGAUCUACUUUACCAGGAACUCCACAUCGUCAGUUGUUCGAACUCAUGGAGUAUGUGCGCGAUAUACGUCACCAAGACCCGUUAAUCAUCGAUGGAGACGAUCUCCAGAUGAAGCCACAACUCGUAAUGCGUGCCUUUUGUGAUUUUGUUGGUCUAUCAUAUUCUGAUAAAAUGAUGACAUGGGAAUCCGGACCUGAUUCAAGAUGGCGUAUAUCAAAUGUAAAGAAGUUAACGAAUGAGAUAAUCGGUUUAGCCCACAAGAAGGCAUUCAAUAGUACAGGGUUUGACGCACGGAUCCCAGAACAAGAACCUUCUUUAGAAGAAAUGGAUGAAAAGACCAGAACUAGAGUGGUUGAGGCACAGCCAUAUUAUGAAAAGUUAAUGGAAAUGAAAUUAAAAAUUUAGGUAUUAAUGAACUAAAAUGUGUUACUCAUAAUACCAAAGCAGAUAAGCAAUAGGAUAAUGAAGAAUAUUUUGUUUUGUUUUUCUUGUAUUUCCUUUUCUUUACAUUGUACUAAGUCUAGGCCUAUGACUAUGAUGAUGACUACAGUAUUAUUGUAAACAAACUUAAUUGUUAAAGAUGCAAACUAGCCAUUAUGCUGUCCUGCUUUCAAUUAAAUAAAUAGCGUAUGGACAGGUUUUCACUGGAACAGUAAUGAGCAUCUCAAAAAAUAAUUACCGGUGCUGCUGUAACAAGGGUUUACUUGUGCAUAUCCAUAAUCACCCAUGCAUUUAAAAUCAAUAUCAAUAAUAACUAUUUGGGUUGAAAAAAACUGUAUUGACAAAGAUAAACAAAUUAUUUGAAAUGGGAAAUGGCGUACACAUACCAAUAAUAGCAAGAAGCCAGGCCAAUAGGCCAAUAAUUAGCCGACACUUGCAUAAAAAAACCCUUAAUGAUAUUUGACUAGCAUUUUCAAUGGAAGUGAUUUUAAUUGUAGUAAUAUUUCAUAUAC